GCUUAAUUUUGUCGUGGGGCGAUAUGUAUAAUCUGAAAGUGAAACAUGUUGGAAUGUACGUGACGUUUUUCGCACUGCUACGAUUUGUUUUUAACGUUAACGCAGAUGACAAUGACUUCAUUCGCGACUAUUUCGUACAUAAAGCGGUGCGAAAUGUCGUGGGAUUCUCCUGCGGAAACUUCACAAGUGAUUUUUAUUUCGUGAAGAAAUUAAGCAGCGCUGGUAUAUUCACGAUCAUCCGUGAGCCCAACACGAAGCUCAACAUACGACGCUUCCUGAACAUGGAGACUAGGACUUUGGGUGUCGUCGUGGAUCUACGAUGUUAUGAAAACAACAGCACCGUGUCCAUUUUCUCCGAAAGCUCCAAGUAUCGUAUGUACGAUUACUCGUAUAACUGGCUGGUCUUGGGAUCAAAGCUGAACAAGAGCGCGCAUCUUUUAGACGACAGCGCGUACAGCAUGACCACCGAUCUUACGCUCGCGAUCUCGAACGGCAGCGAUUACGAUCUCUACGAUAUUUUCAAUCACUGCAAGUAUCGAGGAGGUGCUCUAAACGUGACAAAACUAGGUUCUUGGCGAGCUGGAACCGGCCUCACCAUCAUUCUGACUCAACCUUUGGUCCAGAGGAGAGCCAAUAUGCACGGCAUGACGCUGAAAAUAUCAGGCGUGAUACAAUACAGGCCGAAAAAUAUGCGUCUGGAGGAUUACAUGCACGAUAUCAACACCAGAUCUUUAGACAGCAUGCAUAAGUUCUUGUACGCGAUGAUAUCUCAUACUGGUGAUCUCUUUAACUUCAGUGUACACGCCGAGGAGAUCAUUUACUGGGAUCGUCACAGCGUGCACGGUUUGAUAUUUGAGAUUUUACAUGCGAAUUACAUCGACUUCGGCAGUAACCCCAGGAUUAUGGUAUCCGAGAGAUUAGAUUACGCCAGUCUCAUUGGUGCGGCCUGGCCAAUUCGGCCUUGCUUCAUGUUGCUGUCUACUACGGGAAACAACAUCAAACUCGAGAUCUUCUUGAAGCCGUUUACACAAGAGAUCUGGUACUUAAACACCGUGUUCAUCAUAAUCUGCAUGUUUAUAAUGAGGCUAAUCAUGAGACACGAAGAGUCGAGCAAGAGCGAAAAGUAUUCCGGCGCAGUGGUUCUUACCAUUGGCAUUGUCGCUCAACAAGGUGCGAAUUUCUCUCCCGAGCGCGUCCCAAGCCGCAUCGCUCUUCUGCAAAUCCUUGUGUUCAAUUGGAUUAUGUUCAACUACUAUUCAGCCAGCAUAGUGUCAGCUCGUCUGAGCGAGCCGCUCGACAUGAUGGAAGACUCCAUAACUGUGCUGGCGGAUAGCGACCUGAAAAUUGCCGCAGAAGCUGUGCCGUACUUGAAUUACUUCUUAUAUAAGCUCAACUGGGAGUCAAAUUACUUCAGAAAGAAGCGCUGGGAUCCUCUGCCGGAGUCGAAGAGAUACUUGCCGCUAGAGGAAGGUAUGAAACAGGUGAGCGAAGGCGUCUUGGCGUAUCACACGGAUCCCAACACGGCGUAUCCUUAUAUUGAGAGGAUGUUCGACGCGAACCAGAUCUGUGCAUUGACGGAGAUCCAUCUGUUCAAACAGUCCGUUAUGGGUAUGUACGCCAGUCGUAAUGGUCAGUUCACCGAGAUGGCAAAGAUCGGAUUGUCCAAAAUGUUUAACACCGGAUUACGCGACCGACAGGUAAAAUUUUGGUCGAGCAGGAAGCCUCAAUGUCAGCUUGACACGUUAUCCACGAGAAGCAUAACCAUAUACGAGACUGCCCCGGCUUUGAUUCUGUUAGCCUUUGGCAUGGUUGUCGCGUGUGUAAUAUGUGUCAUCGAGAAUAUUGUCUACAAUCGAUCCAUGAGGUCAUGCACAACUAAGAAAGGGAUGAGGUUUCUGUCGGGCGUUAUCUUUUCGCUUCACACGUUUGUCGUCGUCGCGUGGGCGCAAGACAGUUUCAUUAUUCGGGACUACUUCGUUUACAAGAAUGUAUCCAGAGUCGUAGGGUUCUCUUGCGGAAAUAUGGAAGACGAUCUCCUCACGAUAAAACUGUUGAACACCGUCAGGAUCUCCGCCGCGAUCAAACCAGCUGGAUUUCAAUUUAACAUUCUCAGGUAUCUCAAAACCGACCGCACCAUGGGCGUUUUUCUGGACGUACGGUGUCCGAGUCAGAAUUUCAGCGGCAUUUACGACGAAGGUUUGGAACAUCGCUUGUUCGACUACACGUACAAUUGGUUGAUCCUAGGAACUAACUUGAGCCACAGUGUGCAAAGCUUGAAUGACAGCGGUUUCAGUGUCGUUACAGAUUUCGUGAUAUUGGUACCAGACGAGGAAUCUGAUUACGUUCUCUACGACGUAUAUAACACCUUUAAAUUGCGCGGCGGAGUACUGAACAUCACAAGACUCGGUACUUGGAAUAAGAAAGACGGUCUCAGGGUUGUUUUACUUGAGCCGAAAAUUAUCAGAAGACGGAACUUUCACGGGAUACAAAUCAAAGCGGCUGGGAUCGUGCUACACAGGCCGGAUACAGUGGAUCUGUUGGACUACCUAGAAAGGGAUAAACUCGAGAUCAUGGAUAACUGGCCGAAAUUUGGAUACACUCUUCUCGCGCGCGUUUCUGAGAUAUUUAAUUUCACCAUAGAUAUCAUCGAGAUCAAUCACUGGGAAAAGAACGACACUUAUGGCCCCUUGAUGGGCUCUUUGAAGAGGGGCGAGGCUGACUUGGGCUAUUAUCCGUCGAUCUUAACGAUAGAACGAUACGCAUUCGCGCGUGUUAUCCUUCCGCAAUGGCCAACACGAACCUGCUUCAUGUUUCGUACCAUUCCGGCGACAAAGGUGAAACCUUUGGUGAUAUUCAAACCGUUCGCGGUGGACACAUGGUGCACGAUCCUCUUGCUCGUGGUGAUAAUCGUGUUCGUUUUGUCUUUCAUAUUGAAGUUGGAACGUGCUGGCGAUUACAGUUAUAGCGUUUCAGCAUUGGUCGCUGUUGGCGCCUUGUGCCAGCAAGGUUUUCCCUCUCUUUCCGAACAAUCGGCCAGUCGAAUGGCUCUAAUCCAAAUCACGGUGUUCGGCUUGCUGGUGUACAAUUAUUAUUCGGCGGCGAUAGUGUCGGCUAGACUGAACGAGCCUCUUCAGAAGAUGAACGAUUCGUUGUACUCAUUGGCACAUAGCAAGAUGUAUCUCGGAGCCGAGCAGAACGUCUUCUUCAACUUUCUGUUACGGAAUGCCAGACCUGACGUGCAGUACUUCAACCAUUAUUGGAACAGUUUACCGUAUUCGAGGAAAUUUAUCCCUUUAGAGGAGGGAGUAGAGAAAAUGAAGAAAGGCGGCUUCGCCUAUCACGCCGAUCCGGACGAUAUCUAUCCGUCUAUUGAUUUAGCAUUCGACAAACAGAUGAUCUGCCAGCUCACAGAAGUUCACUUGUUACAGCCGUCUGAACUGGGUUUGUGGAGCAAUCUCCACAGUCACCUUCACGAAAUCUGCAAAGUAGGGUUGAUCAGGAUAUCCACCUCGGGAAUCCGGCGACGAGAAAUACGUCGCCGACAAGCUAGGAAACCUUACUGUCCGACCGAAGAGAUCUUCGUUUCCAGCGUGACGAUCUACGAAGUAGCGCCGAUUUUAUUCCUCUUACUCUUCGGCAUGAUAUUCUCUUUGAUUGUGUUCGGCAUCGAAAACUUCAUAUUCCGUUUAAUACACUCAAAACAAACGGGCGUUGUACCUUUUAAGAGAAACAAGCUAUUAGCGAAAAGUAAAGCACCAGGUAUUGUGCCUCCUAAAGGAGAUAAGCUAUUGCUAAAAGGUAAAGUACUACCUAAAAAGAAUGUCACUCUGACUCUCCCAAAGAAAAAUACUUUUCCCAAAAACGUACAGAUGAAAAAAUGAUGAGUUUCGGUAUAGAUAGACAGGUGUGCAGAUAAAAUUAUAAACAAUAACGUUCUCGAUCUCUUAUAAAUUAUUUACCAGAUCAUUGUUAUGUAUACAGAUAUACGCUGUGCGCAAAAAGUAAGAAACACGAACGAAUGUGUUUAAGUAAAGUACAAAUGUCUUUUCACUACUCCGCUCACAUUCCAAAGAUAACCCUGAUGCACUGCGUGCAAAUGUAAAAUACAAUAAUAGCAUUAAAUAAGAUAUUUUUUUAUCUUUAGUAAAAUAUUACAAUGUCAUGCCUUGUAUACGCGUCGACGCAGCUACGCAUAAAUAGAAUAUAAAUUUGGAGAAAUUCAUAUGUAUGAUAUAACUAA